GGCCGGUCUAUGUAUCCUUGAUGCUCAACCUGUUAGUGAAGUUCAAGGAGCUGAAGUCUGUCGCUCGUCUCUGAGCUCCCUCUGUCUUGGUUGCAGAGCUCAUCCUUAACAAAAUGUCUGACACGGAAGAAGUCAUGGAGGAGGAAGCUCAGGAGGGAGAAGCACAAGAGGAGGCAACGGAUGAGUCAAAGCCAAAGCCGAAGUUCAUGACAAAUAUUACGGCCCCAAAGAUCCCUGACGGUGAAAAAGUGGACUUUGACGACAUCCACAGGAAGCGUCAGGAGAAGGACCUGUCUGAGCUGCAGUCUCUGAUCGAGGCUCACUUCAUCCAGAGGAAGAAGGAGGAGGAGGAGCUCAUCGCCCUCGUUAACAGAAUUGAGAAGCGUCGUGCUGAGAGAGCCGAGCAGCAAAGGAUCAGGGCAGAGAGGGAGAAGGAGAGGCAGGCCAGGCUUGCGGAGGAGAAGGAACGUAAGGAGCAGGAGGAGCACCGUAAGAAGCAUGAUGAGGACGCCAAGAAGAAGAAGGCCCUUUCAAACAUGACCCAGCAGUACAGUGCUGGACAGAAGAGUGAGAGCAGGAGAGGAGGCAAGAAACAAACUGAGAGGGAGAAGAAGAAGAAGAUCCUGGCUGACCGCAGGAAGCCCCUCAACGUUGAUCAUCUGAAUGAGGACAAACUCAAGGAGAAGGCCAGCGAGCUGUGGCAGUGGCUGAUGGGUCUGGAGGCUGAGAAGUUCGAUCUCAGUGAGAAACUCAAACGACAGAAAUACGAUAUUAACCAGCUUCUGGCUCGAGUCCAGGACCACCAGAGUGCCAAAGGUCGUGGCAAGGGCAAGAUGGCUGGCCGGCUGAGGUAAAGCUGCUGCGAGACAAGGUUGAAGCAAAUCGUGACACCAGUGAAGACCCCGCGUGUCUAUCGUGCAUGUAUUCAUUGUUCUGUUGUGUUGGGUUACAUGUCAUUUAUCAUGAUAUCAAAACAAUAAAUAAGUCAUUACACCCA